AAAUUAAAUGAGGGUUGGAAAAAUUAUUCAUUGAAAUUAUUUGUAAAAUAUUAAUUUUAUCGGGUUUUUACCCACUAAUUAUUGCACAAUGUGGUUAUCAACAAUAUUCUGUGACAAUACUCCAUCUAUUUCAUAAUUAUUAAAAGGAAUUUGUACCUCAUUAAAUACAGAUAGUGUUAACCCAAUAUUGCGUAAUAUUUACGAAUAUCCUAUGUAGGUUUUGUCGAAAAAUUCUUUCCUCUAUUCCUUUGAAGGAGUAAGUAACGAUUCUCUAUUUUUUAAAUUCAUUAAAAUUGAAUGUUCAUCUUUACUAUCUGUCUUAUAAAAACAUCUUUGAUUUUUUCUAAUCCCAAUGAUUGGUUGACCAAAUAUUGCUUAAUUUGAUUAUUUACGAAUAUCCUAUGUAGGUUUUGUCGAAAAAUCCUUUCCUCUAUUCCUUUGAAGGAGUAAGUAACGAUUCUCUAUUUUUUAAAUUCAUUAAAAUUGAAUGAUCAUCUUUACUAUCUGUCUUAUAGGACCAGAUCUUUGUUUUUUUCUAAUCCCAAUGAUUGGUUCACAACAUAUUGCUUAAUUUGAUUAUUUACGAAUAUCCUAUGUAGGUUUUGUCGAAAAAUCCUUUCCUCUAUUCCUUUGAAGGAGUAAGUAAUGAUUCUCUAUUUUUUAAAUUCAUUAAAAUUGAAUGUUCACCUUUACUAUCUAUCUUAUAGGAGCACAUCUUUGUUUUUUCCCUCCUGGCCUUGUGUUUGAUAAAAACCAAUAAAUAAAAAAUAAAUAAAAAAAUAUCCCAUAUAAAACGAACUUUUUGUGUUACAUCGUAUAUCGUUUCGUCGGCGUAGCUUUGCGAGGUGUUUUAAUUUAUGAGACAUUCAUACAACCGAAUAGAUGUAACUAUAGUAGGUUAACAGCUUCCUAUGACAUUAGCCACGUUUGACAUGCGAUUCUGACGGUUCCGAUCGAUUCAUUCGCAUUGUCAAAUUCUGGUUUUCGCAUCAGUUCAAAUUCGGCUCUCACUUAAAGCAUCAAAUGCUUCCCGCAGUACAUUCAUAGUAGUGUUUAGCACGUUCAUGAGUUAAAUUGUACGAAAUUCCAGGUUCCUAUGGAUUCUAAUGAUAUAAAUGGAUAUACCUUAGGAGUUUUUAAAACUAUUUAUUUGUUUUUGUUAAUGAACAAUUUGCCAAAGUCCGCCGACAUAUUCAAGAACGAAUCGAACCUGUGCCGAGAAAUGCCCGAAACGAUAUGUUGCAAGUCGCUGCUGAUUAAGAAAUGUAAAUGUGCCAAAAAUCAAGCGAAUCAAACGCAAAACAAGCACCACCAGUCCGCUUGUAAAAUGGAAACGUUGGAAGGGACGGUGGAGGGUGGUCCGCUUCAAUACAAAAACGACGAAACUGUCAUUUUUUACGUGUGCGAUCACUUUUUUCAAAUCGACGACAUUUCAACCGGUCAGAAGAAAGAACAAAAGGCGCAGACCGUAUGCCAACAUGGUCCGCGAAAUAUUUCAAAGGUCGCUGAAGAAGACACUAACCAGUCAAUGUUUGAGCUUGUUAAACUGAAAAGUAAAUUUGGUCAGUUGCAAGAAGAGCAUCAAAAGCUGAUCGCUGUCACAAGUGAAUUAACUACCGCUCUGCAGCUGAACAUAGUAGGACAAACUAAAAACAUUCACUCGACUUUGGAGCAAUGCAAGUACAUCUACCCAUCUCUUUUCCCGUCGUUAACUCCACACGUAACCGUGGAUAAUAAACAACAGAUUAUUUUUGAUGAAAACGUGGAAAAUGUGAAAACUAUUCCGCAAAACAGUCCCGAACAAGCUAUAAGAAAAGAUUACUGGGCUUAUCCAGAACCCAGUGAGACGACUAGUCCUGGAAUGGAGCUAGUCGAAAAUUUGAAUUUACAAAAUCUAAAUGCAGUCUCGCCUAUGAGGGCCACGUUAACGCCAGACACAGUGCGGCAAAUCAUGGAAACGGUGUUCGAAAGAAUUUUCGAAAGCGACAAAAAUGGAGAGGCUGAAGUAUAUACCAAUAUGAAAAAACAGGACGUAGCCAGAAUUGUGGAUGAAGUUUUGCAGGACAUAUCGAAAUCGCCCAAUACUUAUGGUGCCGGAGAGGGAAAAAUCUCCAGGCCAGUUUCUAACAGAGACAACUUGAAUUAUUCUGGAGACACUGUGAUUAAUAUCGAUUACGAGAGGUUAAAAAAGGAUUUACUGUAUGGAGAUAAAGAUAGACAAACCCGCAUAUUACAGGCACUCAGAUGGAGGAUAACCAAGACAGAUAAUGCAGUACGGGAAAAGGUUAUAAAUUCGUAUUUACACAACGAUUUGUUGGACUUGAACUCCAACAUGAGCAUACCUGAGAAAUUAAUAUGUGGAUACAGCGACAUUUCGGUUCAGGAAUCGAUUUGUAGAUUGAUCAACACGUUAGCAUCGCUACGGCAGGGCCGCGAUUACCUAACCACCGAUGACAGGCUUUUGAGAAAAGUCCUAAUAAAGAAAACGAAAAAUAUCAGGACAGUGUCAUCGGCAGUUAUUAGAAACAUGUUGGUUGCCAGUGUUCAAAAACUUUCUAUAAGGAAGCAUUGUCGCAAACAAAUGGUCACCGAAGGACUCUUUGAAGUUCUAAUCGAUUACCUGGACGAAUUCUAUGAUAAACUUUCGAGAUAUUGCUUAGAAUAUUGCUCCGCGUUGCUGAUGAACAUUUGCUUGGUAGAUGAGGCUAAAGAGAGAGCUGCCAAAAUUCCACGAAAAGUCAUCGACCUAAUCAAAAAAUUCAUUUCGGGCGAGAACGAGUGUUGCCUACCUUACAUUAACGGUAUGAUGUUCAGCGUGCUGGAAAAGGAUGGAAUUGUGGAAGAGGCGAAAAAACGAGAUCUAGAUAAGCUGCUUAUAAGAUUUAUACGGAUAACUACAAAUGAUAACAUACGAAAACAGCUGGAUUUUAUCAUGCAGUCGAGACUUUUCGGCAAAAGUGAUCCAUUGAAUGAUAAUGACGACGAAAACAAAGACGAAGUCGAUCUGUUAGAAAUCGAGCUCGAUCAGGACGACUUCAUAACGCAUCUACCCUGCGGCGAGAAGUUGCUAGAAGAAUAUCAGGUGGAUUUGAAUGCUAUGGAUAACAUUCAUUACCCGUCGCCAAGCAAGGAUCCUCCAAAUACUGCAAAAUCUUUCAGUGAAGAGAACAAGAUCUUCUACCAAAAAGCAUCACCGGACAAAGGAAUUUUUGAAGGAAACAGACCUAGAAGAUUUACUACAUUUUCUCAAGUGCCUUUACAAAAUGUAGCGACAAAUAAACGGUUUAACUUCAAAACCGGAAAGGUUCCUGCUGUACCUCUUUGUUAUAUGGAAAAUUGUCAGCGAUAUAAGGAAGACAAUGUUCCGUGCUCCUGCACUAAAUGCGUACCGUCACAGAAUCGGUACACCUGUGGUUGCUACGAUGCCAUUCGUAGAGAAGUGUCAGAAGGCGAUGACAAUGUUAACGGCAAAUUUGGAAAAAACGUCCCGUUCAAUGAUUUUGGAAACUCGAAAUCGCAAAAUAGUACUCUUCCUGAGGUCGACUCGGAAAUAUUGGCAACGGUUAAAAAAGAUAAUGACGAAAGUACUAUUUUGCAAGAUGCAGAACCAGACUCGGAUAAACAACUACUAUGUAGAGAUGGUAAAAACGAUAAAAAAUGCAAGGUUUGUGGCGAAAAAAAAUGCGAAUGCGCUUUUGAACCGAGACCGAAACUGUGUCGUACUCCAACCCUGUAACAUGACAAUAAAAAUGUGCUGUUUUUAAACGAAGAAAUGCUGUUUUAUUACCAUAUUAAAAAAAAUUGAAUUAAAGAAAAAAAUAUAACAAGUGUUCAAAAGGACCACCUUCUUGUGCUAGACAGAAGCCUAGGCGGUCCUAAAAUCCCCGUAUGACGGUUGGGAAAAGUACUGUUCAAAUAUUCUUGAACAAUACGGGUAUUGUGAGCAGGGCAACACUCUUGUUGAAACCAGACAUUGUGCAAUCUUUCUCCCAAUAAACUCACGAGUUCUAGGGACAAUCUGCUGCUGUCACAAGCCCAAAUACUUUGCAACACUUAAAUUACCCUCUAUAAAAAAUGGACCAAUCAUAUGCUCCCCUACAAAACUACCCCGAACAUUUAGCUUUUGAGGAUAUUGCGAGCGUACCUCAAAAUAUCUGUGCAAAUUUUCCAGAGACCAAUAUCGUACUUGUGUAGGGUUAUGACGACUCGAUAAAGGAAAACUUGAUUCGUCAGCGAAAACUAUACACCUAAUAAAGUUUUCAUCUAAAUUGGCCUUUUCCAUUACACAGUCACAAAACGCCGUACGCCGAAAUUGGUCUUCAUGGAAAAUUUCUUGACUUUUGCGCGCUUUAUACGGUCGGUAUCCAUUCUUUUUAAGGACUAUUUUAACCGUGCUAGGUGAAGAAUCUGUUACCCCAGCAAUUUGUUUACUUGAAAACGUGGGAUUUUAAUCCGCAGUAGCACAAAUGAACACUUGCUUUAACUCCU